GGUUCCCAGGGUGAGAUAAGACAUUCUGCCUGUACCUGUGGGGGUGUGUGCAUGUGCAUGGGUCUGCUUGCACAUGUGUCCUAGGAUCUACAGUCAGGGAAGGUUUCCUGGAGGUGGUAACUACUGAGCUAGGAAAAGGUAGCAGGCCAGAACCCAGACCAACGCUUUGGGAGUAGGUGGGAGAUCUUCAGCCCCUGCACCUGUAUGGGCCACAGCCACACCCCAGAGUGUAUACUUAAGCCCCUCCCCUGCCUCUGUCAGGCCCUACCAGCAUCCCCAAGGAUUAGGGAGGUGAGGGCAGAGGGUGGCAGUCUGAAGAAAGCAGAGGGGAGGUCCUGGAAGAAGGGUUAAUAUGUACAGCAAUUCUCUGAUUCUGACCUUUCAACCUCCUGCCCUCCCUCCUCCACCUUUCCUUCACACCCUUUCUCCACCCCCACUGCUCUGCCCCCGCCCUGUCUAUCCCAUGUUCAACUCCAUUCACAUGCCACCUCUGGCUGCAUCGUUCUGCCCCCUGUUCCCUGAACGCCUUUGCCUGCAGAAGGACCUGGGCUACCUGCAGCAGUGGCUGAAGGCUUUUGUGGGUGCUUUCGAGAAGAGCAUCUCACUAUCCUCUCUGGAGCCACGCAGGCCAGAGGAGGCCGGGGCAGAGGUACCACUGCUGCCGCUGGACGCGCUGCAUGUGUUGGCCGAGCAGCUGGUCGAGGGGGACCUGCAGCAAGCCCUGCUGCUGCUGAAGCUCUUCAUCGUCCUCUGCAGGAACCCGGAGAAUGUAGAGGCAGGCUGGGGCCAAGUGCUGGGGCCCCGAGUGUUGGCACUGCUGACCCGGUUGGUAGCCAAGCUAAAAGGACCCCCACCACCGCCGGAGGGCAGUGGGCCUCAACUGGAAAACAUCGCCCUGCAUGCCCUGCUCCUCUGUGAGGGCCUCUUUGACCCCUACCAGACCUGGCGGCGCCAGCACAGCGGGGAAGUCAUCAGCUCCAAGGAGAAGAACAAGUACAAGUUCCCUCCUGCGGCUUUGCCUUCUGAAUUCAACGACUUCUUUCAAGAGAGCCUACAGGAUGCAGAUCGCUUGCCUCCGGUGCUGCUGCUGCGACUCAUCCACCUCUUUGGUGCCAUCCUUGCAGGAGGGAAGGAGAACGGACAGAUGGCUGUGAGCACUGGUUCUGUGCAGGGCCUGCUGGCUGUAGUUCGGGACUGGGGGCGACGGCCAGCCCAGGACCCUCGCCUAGUGCUGCUGGCACUAGAGGGACUGGUGGGUGCAGUCCAUGUUCUGCACACCAGCCGCACACCCCACCGCGGACCAGAGCUGCGCACCCUGCUCGAGGGCUACUUCCGAGUUCUUAAUGCUGACUGGCCAGCGGGGCCAAGCCCAGGCCCUGAAGAGGCCCUCGUCACUCUACGGGUCAGCAUGCUCGAUGCCAUCCCCAUGAUGCUGGCCUGUGAGGACCGGCCAGUGCUGCAGGCCACCUUCCUCAGCAACAAUUGCUUUGAACACCUGAUCCGUCUCAUCCAGAAUAGCAAGCUGUAUCUGCAGGCCCGGGCGCCCCCUGAGGGGGACAGUGACCUGGCUACCCGGUUACUGACUGAGCCCGAUGUCCAGAAGGUACUGGACCAGGACUCAGAUGCCAUUGCAGUCCACGUUGUCAGGGUGCUGACAUGCAUCAUGAGUGACUCCCCCUCAGCCAAGGAGGUGUUUAAGGAACGCAUUGGCUACCCUCAGCUGCAUGAGGUUCUGCAGAGCCACGGUCCCCCCACCCAUCGGCUGCUGGAAGAACUGCUUAACAUGGCUGUGGAGGGCGACCAUAGCACAUGGCCACCACCAGCAAUCCACAAUGAGCAGCCGGUGCUGGUACUGAUGCAGUGGCUGCCCACCCUGCCCACUGCUGAGCUGCGGCUCUUCCUCGCAAGACGCCUCUGGGGGCUCUGUGACAGCUGCUCUGCCAGUCGUGCCACCUGUGUGCAGGCAGGCCUGGUGGGCUGCCUGUUGGAGACUCUCAGUGCAGGGGUAGCCCUGGGGGCCCGCUGCCAAGAGCAGCUUUUGGCGCUGUUACAAGCCCUGGGUCGUGUGUCACUAAGGCCCCUGGAGCUGCGUCGCCUGCUGCGCCCCCCGCCGGGGCUGGACUCAGGGCUGGAUGGACCAGAGUCUGGGAAUGCCCGACACGCGGGUGCCAUCAUUCGGGUAUUAUCAGGCAUGGCCCGGCACCAGGGCCCUGCGCGAGCCCUGCGCUACUUCGACCUGACACCUAGCAUGGCGGGUAUUAUGGUACCUCCUGUGCAGCGGUGGCCCGGACCUGGCUUCACCUUCCAUGCCUGGCUCUGUCUGCACCCCACUGCUCCAACACCUGCCAUGGCUCCUAGCCGGCCUCUCCAGAGAAAGCAGUUGUACAGCUUCUUCAACAGCAGCGGCUCAGGGUUUGAGGCCUUCUUCACGGCAGCUGGGACCCUGGUAGUGGCCGUGUGUACCCGGAAGGAGUACUUCACCAUGAGCUUGCCUGACGUGCCCUUUGCCGACUCUGUCUGGCACCGUGUGGCCAUUGUCCAUGUGCGCCGGCCCUUCAGCCAGAACCUUGUCCAUGUCUACAAAGAUGAUCAUCUAGUCAAGACAGCUCCCCUACGCUUCCCCUCCCUCUGUGAGCCUUUCUCCUCCUGCUGUAUCGGCUCUGCUGGGCACCGUACAACGACCACCACCACGGGGCUGCCUGCGCCAUCAGCCCCCGCUGCCCUGGCUCACACUCAUCCCUCCCUCACCCGCUCCCAGUCCGUCCCAGCCACCACAGGGCUCGGCUGGGGGUCUGGGCUGGUGGCCCCCCUGCAGGAGGGCAGCAUCAGCUCCACCCUUGCAGGCACUCAGGACACUCGGUGGGGCAGCCCCACGUCCCUGGAGGGAAAGCUGGGGGCCGUGGCCAUCUUCCAUGAAGCCCUGCAGACGCCAGCCCUGCACGUCCUGUACACCCUAGGGCCCAACGAGACAGCACCCUUCAAGCCUGAGGGGGAACUACAUGAACUUGGCACAAAGCUCCUCCUCCAUUACUCACCUCAGGCCUGUAAGAACAACAUCUGCCUGGACCUGUCCCCUGGCCAUGGGCUGGAUGGCCGUCUGACGGGCCACAGGGUGGAGACCUGGGAUGUGAAGGAUGUGGUGAAUUGUGUGGGAGGCAUGGGUGCCCUGCUGCCCCUGCUGGAGCAAGUGGCGGCACGGCCGCAAGAGGCUGAGGCAGGCCCAGCCGAAACACAUGACCUUGUGGGGCCCGAACUCACCUCUAGCCAUAACACUCAGGGCCUGAUUCUCCCACUGGGCAAGUCCUCAGCAGAGGAGCGAAUGGAAAGGAAUGCAGUGGCUGCCUUUCUGCUGAUGGUGCGGAACUUCCUGCAGGGCCACACUGUCAACCAGGAGAGCCUGCUACAAUGCCAGGGGCCUGCCAUCAUCGGGGCCCUCCUGCGCAAGGUCCCCAGCUGGACGAUGGACAUGAAUGUGCUCAUGUCUGCCCAGCUGCUGAUGGAGCAGGUGGCAGCUGAAGGCAACGGGCCCCUCCUCUAUCUACUGUAUCAGCAUUUGCUUUUCAACUUUCAUCUCUGGACGCUCAGCGACUUUGCUGUACGCCUUGGUCACAUCCAGUACAUGUCAAGCAUAGUCCGUGAGCAUAGACAGAAGCUGCGGAAGAAGUAUGGAGUUCAGUUCAUCCUGGAUGCCCUGCGCAUCCACUACAGCCCGCAGCGGGAGCGCCCUCUAGCGGCUGACGACCUGCGCACUGUGCAGACUUCGCUCCUGGGUCUGGCCCGGGAGUUCCUGGUCCGGAGCUCCUCUGUUGAUGACAUGCAGGUCGUGCUGAGCUUUUUGGUCGCAGCGGGUGAUGAUAGCCAGGUGGUGGGGGCCCUGGACCUACUGCUGGCACUACUGCAGUCCUCUCCAGCACAGGAGUCUUUAGCUGUCUUCCUACUCGAGCCAGGGAACCUUGAGGUGCUGUUGGCACUGCUGGUGCGGCCAAGGUCACUGCCCCUGCUGCCUGACCGAGUCUGCAAGAUCCUAUGCAAGCUGCAGCAGAACGAGCGCUUACCUGAGCGGAGCCGCCAGCGGCUCCGACUGGGAGAGUGUGGCCUUCAGGGGCUUGUCACCUGCCUGCCCGAGGGGACUGUUUCCCCCCAGCUCUGCCAGGGCCUCUGCAAGCUGUUCCUGGGGGCAGAUUACCUCAACCUCUCAGAUCUGUUGGCUGUGGUGCAGCUGUCCCUGCAGGCUGACCUCAGUGUCCGGCUGGACAUUUGUCGCUUGCUCUUCCACCUCAUCUACAGACAACCAGACGUAGUGCAGCUGCUGGCCCAACAAGCCGGCUGGCAGGAUGUGCUAACCCGGCUGUAUGUCCUGGAGGCUGCCACAGCUGACAGCCCCCUGCCUCUGACCCCAGAAGUGUCCACUUCCCCAGAGUCAGCCUUAACCAAGCCACCCACUGAGUCACCUGAGUCUUCCGAAGUUUUCCUGCCCUCAGAGGCGACCUGCCCUGACCCUGAUGCCUUGUACCACGCUCUUUCCCCCUUUUGUUCACCUUUUGACCUGGGCCUGGAACGGGCCAGUGUGGGCUCAGGCAAUACUACUGGUGGCAGCAGUGGGACCCUUACUCCAGCCAGCUAUCCCGGAACACCUUCCCCACUCGAUGGACCCCGGCCCUUCCCUGCUGCCCCUGGCCACCACAGCUCCAGUCUCUCCAAUGUGCUGGAGGAUGGCAACCUCCCAGAGCCCACCGUCAGUGGAGAUAACACCUCUAAUACCAGCAACCCUCAGCAAACCUCUGAGGAGGAGCUGUGCAACCUACUCACCUACGUGCUAUUCUCGGUGACAUGGCGGGGUGUGGCAGACAGUGACGAGGCUGCCUGGAGGGAGCGUGGCCAGGUCUUCUCGGUGCUCACCCAGCUGGGGGCCUCAGCCACACUCGUGCGUCCCCCAGACUGCAUCAAGCGCAGCCUCCUGGAAAUGAUGCUGGAGUCAGCCCUGACGGACAUCAAAGAGGGGCCCCCUGGGGUCCUGGUCAACCCUACCCAGCAGGCACUUUGGCUUCUGCGCCUGCUGCAGGACUUCCUGUGUGCUGAGGGCCAUGGUAAUCAGGAGCUGUGGAGUGAAAAGCUCUUUGAAGGUGUGUGCAGCCUGCUUGAUCGCCUGGAAGCCUGGCCACACCUGGCCAAUGGCACGGCGGACCUCCGGGAGAUGGCACAGAUUGGCCUGCGCCUGGUGCUUGGCUACAUCCAGCUGGAAGACCCACAGCUGCAUGCACAGGCCUACGUGAAGCUGCACGCGCUGCUGCAGACCGCAGUGCCCAUGCGCCGCGAGGAGGCCUGCUAUGUGCUCUCUAAGCUAGAAGCUGUGCUAUCCCGGGCGCUGAACGCCACCCACUCCGAGAUGACCACCAAGGGCGCAGGGCCCCCAGCUCUGACUGCUGCCGCCACGGAACGCUACUCUUGGCUGGUGCCACUUGUGCGCACGUUGCUGGAUCGUGCCUACAAGCCACUGGGGCUGCAGUGGGGGCUGCCUUCCCUGCCACCAACCAACGGCAGCCCCACCUUCUUUGAGGACUUCCAGGCCUUUUGUGCCACGCCAGAAUGGCGCCAUUUCAUCGACAAGCAGGUGCAGCCUGCCAUGUCGCAGUUUGAAAUGGACACCUAUGCUAAGAGCCAUGACCUCAUGUCAGGUUUCUGGAAUGCCUGCUACGACACGCUCAUGAGCAGAGGGCAGCGGCGCCAGCGGGAGCGGGCAUAUAGCCGUCGGGCCUUCCAGGAGCUGGUGUUGGAACCUGCGCAGCGGCGAGCUCGCAUGGAAGGGCUACGCUUCACAGGAGCCCUGAAGCAGCAGGCUGCACAGCACUCCACCGCCAUGCUGCACUGGGGGGCGCUGUGGCGUCAGCUCUCCAGCCCUUGUGGGGCCUGGGCCCUGAGGGACCCGCCCACCCCUCACUGGAAACUGUCCAGUGCGGAGACGUACUCUCGCAUGCGACUGAAGCUGGUGCCCAACCAUCACUUCAAUCCUCACCUGGAAGCCAGUGCCCAGCGUGACAACCUGGGUGAGGCCCCUCUGACACCCACCGAGGACACCUCGCUGCCUUUAGCAGUGACCAAAGAGGCCAAAGUCAGCACUUUGCCCGGGGAGCUGCAGGAAGACCAGCUGGGGGAGGACGAGCUGGCUGCGCUGGAGAGCGCGAUGGAGGCGGCAGAGUUGGACGAACAGCAUGAGAAGCUGGUGCUGACAGCUGAGUGCCAACUAGUCACGGUGGUGGCUGUGGUCCCAGGGACGCUGGAGGUCACCACACAGCAUGUGUACUUCUACGAUGGUAGCACCGAGCGUGUGGAAACAGAGGAGGGUAUCGGCCAUGACUUCCGGCGCCCGCUGGCCCAGCUGCGUGAAGUCCACCUUCGGCGUUUCAACCUGCGCCGUUCAGCACUUGAGCUCUUCUUCAUUGAUCAGGCGAACUACUUCCUCAACUUCCCGCCCAAAGUGGGCGGGUCCACAGCGUCAUCUCCUUGCCAGGCCCCCAAGACCCCACCACGCCCCAUCCCACCCCACACCCAGGUACGGAACCAGGUAUACUCGUUGCUCCUGCGCCUGCGACCCCCUAGCCAAGGCUACCUAAGCAGCCGCUCCCCCCAGGAGAUGCUACGUGCCUCUGGCCUCACUCAGAAAUGGGUGCAGCGUGAGAUAUCCAACUUCGAGUACUUGAUGCAACUCAAUACCAUUGCGGGGCGGACCUACAACGACUUGUCUCAAUAUCCUGUGUUCCCCUGGGUCCUACAGGACUACGUGUCCCCAACCCUGGACCUCAGCAACCCCGCCGUCUUCCGGGACCUGUCCAAGCCCAUCGGUGUGGUGAACCCCAAGCAUGCCCAGCUCGUGAGGGAGAAGUAUGAGAGCUUUGAGGACCCGGCUGGCACGAUUGACAAGUUCCACUAUGGCACCCACUAUUCCAAUGCAGCGGGCGUGAUGCACUACCUCAUCCGCAUGGAACCCUUCACCUCCUUGCACGUCCAGCUGCAGAGUGGCCGCUUUGACUGUUCUGACCGGCAGUUCCACUCCGUGGCGGCAGCUUGGCAGGCCCGCCUGGAAAGCCCUGCUGAUGUGAAGGAGCUCAUCCCAGAGUUCUUCUACUUCCCUGACUUUCUGGAGAACCAGAAUGGCUUUGACCUUGGCUGCCUCCAGCUGACCAAUGAGAAGGUGGGCGACGUGGUGCUACCCCCCUGGGCCAGCUCUCCUGAGGACUUCAUCCAGCAGCACCGCCAGGCUCUGGAGUCAGAGUACGUGUCCGCCCACCUGCACGAGUGGAUCGACCUCAUCUUUGGCUACAAGCAGCGGGGGCCAGCGGCAGAGGAGGCCCUCAAUGUCUUCUAUUACUGCACCUAUGAAGGGGCAGUGGACCUGGACCAUGUGGUGGAUGAGCGAGAACGGAAGGCUCUGGAGGGCAUUAUCAGCAACUUUGGGCAGACUCCCUGUCAGCUGCUGAAGGAGCCACAUCCAGCUCGGCUGUCCGCUGAGGAAGCAGCCCAGCGCCUUGCACGUCUGGACACUAACUCACCUAGCAUCUUCCAGCACCUGGACAAGCUCAAGGCCUUCUUCGCAGAGGUUGUCAGUGAUGGUGUGCCCCUGGUGCUGGCCCUGGUUCCCCACCGGCAGCCCCACUCCUUCAUCACCCAGAGCUCCCCAGACCUGUUGGUGACCGUGAGUGGCAGUGGGCUGCUGGGUACCCACAGCUGGUUGCCCUAUGACCGCAACAUAAGCAACUACUUCAGCUUCAGCAAAGACUCCAGCUUGGGCAACCCCAAGAUGCAGCGACUACUGAGUGGCCCCUGGAUUCCUGACGGUGGCGUGAAUGGGCGAGCCCUGGCAGUGGCCCCUGAUGGAAAGCUGCUGUUUAGUGGUGGCCAUUGGGAUAGCAGCCUGCGAGUGACUGCCCUACCCCGGGGCAAAUUGUUGAACCAGCUUCACCACCACCUUGAUGUAGUGACCUGCCUUGCACUGGACACCUGUGGCAUCUACCUCAUCUCAGGCUCCCGGGACACCACAUGCAUGGUGUGGCGGCUCCUGCAACAGGGUGGUCUCUCCAUAGGACUGGCAUCAAAGCCUGUGCAGGUCCUCUAUGGACAUGAGGCUGCAGUGAGCUGUGUGGCCAUCAGCACAGAACUUGACAUGGCUGUCUCUGGAUCUGAGGACGGAACUGUGAUCAUCCACACUGUACGCCGUGGCCAGUUUGUAGCAGCACUACGGCCCCCAGGGGCUGCUUUGCCCGGACCAGUAUCGCACCUGGCGCUGGGGUCUGAGGGCCAGAUUGUGGUACAGAGCUCGGCAAGGGAACGUCUAGGGGCUCAGGUCACCUAUUCCUUGCACCUGUACUCGGUGAAUGGGAGGCUGAGGGCUUCACUUCCUCUGGUAGAGCAGCCCACAGCCCUGGCAGUGACUGAGGACUUUGUUCUAUUGGGUACUGCCCAGUGUGCCCUGCACAUCCUCCACCUGAACAAACUGCUUCCGGCUGCGCCGCCUCUGCCCAUGAAGGUGCCCAUUCGCAGCGUGGCUGUAACCAAGGAGCACAGCCACGUGCUCGUGGGCCUGGAGGACGGCAAGCUGAUCGUGGUGGGCGCGGGGCAGCCCUCUGAGGUGCGAAGCAGCCAGUUCGCACGGAAGCUGUGGCGGUCCUCGCGGCGCAUUUCCCAGGUGUCCUCCGGGGAGACGGAGUACAAGCCGGGAUAGGCGCGCCGAGGGCCUGCCCGGUUCCGCAGCUCGGCUCCGC